AUGUCUCUGUUUUCAUUACCCUUGGAGCUCCUACUCUGCGUAACUGAAAAUAUUGAAUAUGCAUCGGAUUUAAAUGCACUGUCACAGGCUUGUCGCCUGUUCCACACCAUAUUCGACCCUCAGCUCUACUCAAUAUUUGCGAAUAGUUGUGAACCUAAUAUUCUGCGCCUUGUGGAGACCGGUAAUUCAAGUGCUCUACGCAGACUAGUGUCUGCUGGUUACAGAUUGUUUGAUUUUCUGGAAACACCGGAAUCUUGGUGGAAGAAAUAUUUCCUCUAUGGUUCCAACAAACUUGAAUCAAAGUCUCCCAUGACGAUCGCAGCAGGAAAUGGCCAUGUGGAGAUUCUUCAACUGUUUAUUGACAAUUUGCCUGCAAUCGUUACAAGAUCUUCUGGUCGAUCCUCGCAUCUUCUGGGCCACGCAGCCAAACGUGGUCAGUUGGAUAUAGUCAAGUUCCUGAUAGCUCAGGGUGCUCAAGUGGGCCACAUUGACAACAUGGGGAGAAAUAACGUGGUAUUACAAUCUGCGAUUAUGGGGGGCCAUUUGCCGGUGGUUAAGUAUCUAGUUGAGCUGUGCAAUUGCAAAGAUGUAACGCAAGAUUUGGCACUCGGUCUCCUCCAUCCUGCCACAACCUCAGGUCAUUUAGAGAUUGUUAAGUACCUAGUCAACUGCGGUGCUGACUUCACCCGUCCACCUUUAGCUCAUAUCUCCGAACAUGGUCCUCCAUCGGCUCUCGAGACUGCCCUAAAUAUGGGCCAUGAAGAAAUAGCGUCAUUCUUCCUAGACGAUGUACCUCCCGAACUUGUCGAUGCCGUCAGCAUCAUCGGCUGGAAAUCAAUAUUGAAACCUUGUCUCCGCGAUGCAUAUCCAUACCCUUGGCCGUCUCCAUGGGGAAAUCCACACAUUGUUCAGAUGAUACUGGCCAGAAUCGACCUGGAAACACAGUUCGCAGCCACUACUCCGUUUGGGCAAUCCAAUCUGCUUGCGGUGGCAGCAGAGACUGGAGAUUUGUCUCUUACUCAACAACUGCUUGAUAUGGGGUGCAAGCCUAUCUCGUACCGCAUGAAAUACCCGCCCGUGUCCCGUGCGGUGUAUAACGGACAUGCAGAAAUUACAGAGACUUUUCUUCGUUGCCCAGGGUAUCUGGUCUCUGACAAGGAUGUUUCUGCUGCGGCGAAAAAGGGAGAAAAGUCCAUUGUACUCAGGCUUCUCCGCAAGGCUGGAGAACAGGAUUUUAUGAGCCUUGCCAAAGUUGCAUUGAAUUCAGCUUGCUCUUCAAACAAGUUCAUACUUCUGAUGCAAAGUGUCUUGGACCUUCUCUCCAAAGAAGACGUGGAGACUUUGAUUUCGAUGGCGACAAGCUCCACCGGUCCUGAAGCUUCGUGUAGAGACCACUUGGAAGUUACCAAAUUUCUGCUUGAGAAAGGGGGCAGCCAACCAUCCAACAAGAUACCCAAAUACUUUGACGUUCUUAGACAACGAUCGAAAGCAUCUACUUCGUUCCUAGAGCAUGCAGCGGCCGUUUGUCCUGUACCUCAAUUCGAAGUAGCACUUGCACAAUGGAAUUUGGAGCUUGAUCCAGAGAACGAUCAUUGUAAGGCUGCGCUUGUUGCCGCUGUGCUUCACAAGAAAGCAAAAACAAUUCAAUUAUUUGCUGAGAAGGGGUUUGAUCUUACUUCGACAUACAUAUAUCGAGGGAAGCUCUCGCCGUUGCUACAUCUAGUCGUGAAAACACUGAAAGACGAGAAUGGCAAGGUCGUUGAUGUGGAUGAUGAGCAUGCACAAUUACGGCAGUCUUAUCAGCCUGAUGGGCAUCCAUGGUUGGAUCACAUACAUCCACGUGCAUCAAUACAAUUGCUCAUCGAUCAUGGCGCUGAUAUCAAUCAAGUGGACUCAUAUGGCCGAACUGCUCUGUUUCUAGCUACACAAAUCAGGACACUGGUCUUGACAAAGGAGCUGCUCAGACUGGGAGCCAACCCCCUAUUCAAAGGUCCGGGCACGGUCAGCGCUUUGGAGCUGGCCAUUUCCCAAGGCCAAACAAAAUAUGUGAAUGCCUUUUUGGGGGCUAUUGAGGCUCGUUCUUUCACCUGUGACGACUUUGUCGGUCUCAUCCCUGAUGUGUUGCCGUUGGAGACGCUACCAAAUAGAGCUUCUCGUGAACGAUUUCCGGUCUCUUCAAGACUAUCACAAACUCGACUGCUUGCUCGAAAUGGACGCAUGGGUCGUACAAAAACCUUUCCACUGCCUUCCGGAGAUACACAUAGGCGAGACAGCAUGAGCUCGGAACACACAAACACAGACGAUUCCACAGACGAUUCCACAGAUGAGGAGACCACAGAAGAGGAGACCACAGAAGAGGAGACCACAGAGGAGAUCACACAUGAGGAGAACUUACGUAAGGGGCUCCGAACUUCGAAAGAUAACUUCAUAUCAAUUUGGUCUGCGACAGAGGACGAUGACUGCAUUGACGAUCUACGCUGGGUGCGGUUCUUCAUCGUAAAGGCCAUGGCCCAACAUCACUCUCGAAUGAUGUACCCAGUGCCAGUUUAA